AUGGCGGUGAUCAAAUAUCCAGAAGUAGUUUUUCCCUACUCGAUUUCCCCAACCCUAAACGUUAUUCCAUCGCUUAGCAUGUCAACCCAGCAAAUUCCCACAACACCGCCUCCUGAAUAUGAGGACUCGCUCGGUCCGCCCACAUUUGAAGAAAUUGAUUUGUCUCAUGUCCUCAUUGACGUAAAAUCAGUUGAGAACAAUACUUUCCCACAAACGGUGACAAAAAAGGUUACUGUUACUACGGAAAUAGGAGAAGCAAAUAGCGAUAAUAAUAGUAGACACGCCGAUUAUGUCUCGCCAUGGGUCCUCACAAGUGUUUAUUCAGUGCUUAUUGUCAAUACUAUAUUAACGUCGACCGUGAUUAUGAUAUUAAUUUUAAUGAUAAAUGAUGCCGAAACAAAAAACCGUCCGACUCUAAUUGCCUGGUGUAUGAUAGAGGUCGCGCUACGUCUGUUGGCCAUAUAUAUUACGGCCAGGAAUUACUCUGUAAUAUAUACUAUAACCAAUUCGCUGGGAAUAUUUCUAGGAAAAGAAUAUUAUCUCACUUUUGUCAACUCAAUAUGGCCCGACUCGGAUCCAUUCGAUGCGGUUGUAGAUUUGCCGGGCAUUAAAAUCGAUCUCGUAUGGUUAAAGCAAGGUUUUUAUUAUGUGCUUUAUAAUAUCAUGGUUGGCAUCUCGCUUUGGAUUGUAACCUUGAACGAGGUGGCCGAUGGUGAAGACGACUAUGCAAAGCUGUUAACUACAACCGGCCUCGUUGCGUGUUUGAUUAAUAUGAUUAGUUAUCUUGUUGGGAUCGCAAGCAUGGCAUGGGUGUAUCGGCCAACAGGCGAUCUUGAUUAA